AUGAGGGGAGCAGUUCAAGUCAGAGACAGAUACAGGGAAAUCAUACCUCUAAUCCCUGUAAGUUCUGUGACCGCAUACAUCAUGGAGAGUGCAGAAAGGAAAAGGCCCAACCCAGCUCAAAACUUUAGGCCGAAUAACCAAGGCAACAAUCAACGAAGGACUAUACCAUCACGAGUGUUUGCUUUGACACCGGGAGAAGCUGAGGUCAAGGAUGAUGUCAUCACAGGAAUUGUUCCCUUAUUCCUCAAUAAGGCUAUUGUUUUAUUUGACUCGGGGCCUACCCACUCCUUUAUUUCAAUGGAUUAUGUGAAGUUGUGCCCCAUUGUUGCUAGUGAGAUGGACUACAAUUUGAGGGUCUCUACCCCAACUGGUGAUAUAGUGACUUGUAACAAGAUUUUACUCAAGUGUCCAAUAACCAUUAGCGGGAAGGAAAUGACAGCUAACCUGAUAGUCUUUCCUAUGACUGGGUUUGAUGUUGACAAGUUAUUACGUGAUGGGUGUCAAGGGUAUUUGGCCUUUGUGGUGGAUGAACCAAAAGAAGAAUUGAAACUUGAAGAAAUUCCUAUUGUGAGGGAAUAUCCGGAAGUUUUUCCUGAAGACUUGUCUGGGUUACCGCCUGAGCGGGAGGUAGAGUUUGCUAUUGAGUUAACCCCAGGCACGACGCCUCUUUCCAAAGCCCCUUAUCGAAUGGCACCAUCAGAGUUAGCCGAGCUCAAAGAACAGUUGCAAGACUUAUUAGACAAAGUCUCAAGGGAUGGCAUUUUUGUAGACCCCGGGAAGAUUGAAGCAAUAGUUAACUGGACUCAACCAACCAAUGUGCAUGAAGUCAGGAGCUUCUUGGGUUUGGCUGGUUAUUACUGUCGAUUUAUAGACAAUUUCUCAAAAAUAGCGGUUCCCUUUACCGCCCUCACAAGGAAGAACAACAAAGUGUUUAGGGAGUAUGUUGAUCAGUUUGUUGUUGUUUUUAUAGACGAUAUCCUCAUAUACUCCAAAAGCCAAGCAGAUCACGAGAGUCACUUGAGGGUUGUGUUGCAGAUAUUAAGGAAGGAGCAGUUGUUUGCGAAAUUCAAAAAGUGUGAUUUUUGGUUACAAGAGAGUACCUUCUUGGGACAUGUCGUGUCAAAAGAAGGAAUUUCAGUAGACCCGACAAAAAUUGAAGCGGUUGUGAAAUGGGCCAAACCAACCAAUGUGAAUGAAGUCAGAAGCUUCUUAGGACUUGCAGGAUAUUAUAGGAGGUUUGUCGAGGGGUUCUCCAGUAUCACAGCCCUGAUGACUAAGCUGACAAGGAAAAAUGAGAAGUUUUUGUGGACCGAAGACUGUGGAAGAUGCUUUAAAGAGCUGAAGAAGAGACUAGUGACAGGACCUGUACUCACUGUUCCCUCGGGCAAUACAAGAUUUGUUAUUUACAGUGAUGCUUCCCUCCAGAGAUUGGGUUGUGUCUUGAUGCAGCAUGGGAAGGUUAUCGCUUACGCUUAUCGACAACUCAAGAGUUACGAAGAGAAUUAUCCGACACAUGAUCUAGAGCUUGCAGCAGUUGUAAUCACCUUGAAGUUAUGGAGACACUAUCUCUAUGGGGAGAAGUGCGAGAUUUAUAUAGACCAUAAGAGCCUAAAAUAUGGAGCGGGCAGGGAUAGAGAUGGUUAUGGAUAUACGCAGGCUCGAUUGAGUAGUUUGACCUUGGGAUCGUCGUUGAUAGAUCGAACAAAGGCUGCCCCAACGGAUGAUUUAGACUUGGUAAAGUUUAGAGGAGAGGUUCAAGAAGACAGAAGGCCCAGAUUUACAGUAUCUGGGGAUGGCACCUUAAGAUUCAAGGGAAUAAUAUACGUUCCAAAUGUUAAGGAAAUAAGAGAAGUCAAGGCGGAGCAUCAGAGGCCUUCGGGGUUAUUACACCAACUUCCUAUACCUGUUUGGACGUGGGAUGAAAUUGGUAUGGAUUUUGUGUCAGGUUUUCCUAAGGCACCAGGAGCUCAGGAUGCAGCUUGGGUAAUUGUCGACAGGUUAUCCAAGACAGCUCACUUCAUUUCGAUUCAAAUGACGUAUUCUACAGACAGGUUGGCAGAAUUAUAUGUACAUGAAAUCGUCAGACUGUACGGAAUCCCCUCCAAGAUUGUGUCAGACAAGGACACCCGUUUCACUUUAACAUCUUGGAGCAGUGAACAAAAAGAGUUAGGGACAUAG